AUGCUUUUAUCCUGCAUAGUGCUUUUCCUACUUUUUCACAGUACUGUGAAGAUAAAGGCCAAUGAUGAUUUUGAUGGGAAAAAAGUGAUCAAGCUUGACUUUUUUGGCAAUGAACAAAAUGAUUCCUUUAUAGAAAUAGAACUUGGAACUCCUCCACAACCUUUAAAUGUCACUUUGGAUUUCGAUUCCGAUUUAACUUGGGUCAUAUCAGAUUUAAAUCCCUACUGUUUUGAUAUCGAUUUCCAAUUUUAUCGUUCAUAUUAUAACAAUUAUUCCUACUCAUACGACGAUAUUUUAUAUUUUUGUUACGAUAAACAAGGAACUUUUAAAGAUGCAGACUCUUCCACUUUUGAUUUUUUCUCUUAUGACGAAAACCCCAUUUUCAGUGUUAAUACAUCUUUCAAAUUGGAUUCUGAAGACAGAACUGUUGCAACUGGUCUUUGGGGCAAAGAUGUAUUAUGGCUCAACAACAACUGGAACUUUUCCACUUUUCCUUUUGGUUUGGCAUUAUCUGCCAAUAAACAGCUGGGAACCUUUGGAAUCUCUUCUUUUACAAACAACACCAACUCAAAUAAUCAGGAUUUAAAUUUUUUAGAUUUAUUAUUAGAAAAUAAGUUCAUUGAAAGAAAAAUUGUUUCUGAAUAUUUCAGAUUUAAUAACAACGAGUUUUUUGAUUACAAAGGAGUCGCACUAAUUGGUGGAAUCGAUCAUACCAAAAUUGAUGGAAAUCUAACUGUUUUACCCAUAAUAAAUAGAUAUGAUUACAAUAUUAAUCCUUACAUCAAACACGCAGAUGUUACUCUUUCUUCAUUCUCAAUUAAAAUUUCAAAUUCAGUAAUAACCAAUUCCAAUUUCAGUGCUGAAGAAGCUGAUUCUAUUUUUGAUAUUGCAGUUGGCCUUUUAACUCUGAACAAUUUAAAUCACACUCUCACUGAAAAUGAAAAUGAUGAAAGUAUGCUCGAAAUACAAUUUACUGACAAAAAAUAUCCAAUUGCAUUGUUUCAUGAAGGCAUCAACUACUAUUUCCCACCAUCUAUUUUCGAUGAUAUUGUACAGGGGUUUCAGAACUUGGAUGUUUCUUUUAAUGAAUCUAUUAGCAAUUAUACAGAUAUAUAUUUUAUUCUAAAAAAUUUAAAUUGCCAUUUCUCAUACAAUUUAUCAGGCUAUAUUAUCGAUGUCCCUAUUAAUAAUUUGGCCACUAAUAUGACCUACUUUAAUUAUUAUACCGAUUUUGAUAACAAUCACCACAACAAAUCUAAAGGCGAUUUGGCUAUCUCUUUUAGUUUUAGAAAGUCUAAUAUUGGAGAUAUCUUUUUGUUGGGGAAAAUGAUUUUCACAAAUUACUAUGCAGUUUACGAUUUUGAGGCUGGAGAAAUUGGGAUUAGCAAACUUUUAAAUUCAAAUUCAACAGAUGAAGAAAUAACUGGCGAUAUAAAUUUUGAUAAUGUUGACAUGAUAUCCAAAUACCAAUCGCUUCCCAAUACUAUUCAAGCACCACACUACUCAGACAGUUAUUUCGUUUAUGUAACGUCUUACAUUAGCACAGCCAGAUACGACUCCACUAAAGUGGAAACUUUUACAAAUUAUACAUCAUGGACAACCACCAACUCUGGAAGAUAUUUAAUCUCGUCAAUAGUUGGUUCCUACGAUUCAUUUGUCACCACUUCCAGUGGAACUGGUCCAUGGAGUGAAACAGUCACAACGACUAUAACUGGAGGCACAGAGGAAGUGACAAGUUUUAAGUCCUACCUAAGGAAAAAUGGAUUCACUGCUACAUUUCCAAAUACCAGCGCUACUUUCCAGUCAGGAAUAGAAAACUUGAAUUCAGCAAAUAAUAUUCAGGUGUACAAUUUUUCUAAUCUUGUUUUAUUGCUGUUGUCUGUCUUUAUUUAUCUUUUAUUUAUUUAG